AUCCCAUAAGCGCUUCCAUUUUGCUUCGCCGAACGACGUUCCUCCUUUAACGCGCUCCAUAACGCACAAUUCUGAUUUCCUUCGAGUACCGUCUAUCGCAAGCAGUAGCUUCUUUCAACGUAGGUAGACUAUGCGUUUGCAAAUUUGACUUAAUCUGAACCACGCUCGUUCAAAACUAGUUUUUCUACAGUGGUAGAGGUGAAGCUAAAACGAGUCAGCGGAAGGACACCUCGCAAGCUCCAUGGAAGCUUCUCAGGCCGGCGGUGACAGGCAGGAGAGGAAACAGCAGCAGCCACUGGACCCAUUGCUGUGGCUGAAGGCGCUUGUAGCCGAGCUCUUGCUGUUCGUGAAGAUCGUGCUGCUUGCAUUCGAGCACAUGUGGGAGAAGCCCACCCUGUGCCACUCGCAGGCCUCCAUGGAGGGAAACACGGUCAUCGUCACGGGGGCCACGUCGGGUGUCGGCAAGGAGACAGCCAUGGAACUGGCGCGCAGAGGAGCGAGAGUCAUCAUCGGCUGCCGAAACCUCCACAAGGCACGGCAGGUGGCGCAGGAGAUAUUCGACCAGACUAAGCGGCGAGUGGUCGUCAAACACCUGGACAUGAAUUCGCUCAAGUCGGUCCGGCAUUUCUGCGACGACGUCAUCAAGACAGAGGACACGCUGGACGUGCUUAUCAACAAUGCUGGGGCUAUAGGACAUUCAAAAAAGGUUAAGCUCACCGAAGAUGGGUUUGAAGAAAUCUUCCAGGCAAACUAUUUGGCUCCUUUGCUACUCACAGUGCUUCUUCUUGACUUGCUGAAGAAGAGUUCACCGAGCAGGGUGAUCAAUGUCGCCUCCGACUUCCACCGGCUGGGCGAAGUGGGCAGCGUGGCGCAGAAGGCACGGGGCGUCAACUUGGUGGCCAACCCGACGGCUGUCUACGGGAACGCCAAGCUGGCGCUGUGCAUGGCCACCGUCGCACUGGCCGACAGGCUUCGAGGCACCGGCGUGACGGUCAACUCGCUUCAUCCUGGUGCCGUCAAGACGCACAUCGCCGAUGAGGGGCCGGGCCUCCGCAAGUUCCUCUUCGAUCUGAUCCUCAUCAUCAAGGGCAAGACGCCGCUGGAGGGAGCGCAGACGACUGUACGGCUCGCCGUGGAUCCCGAGCUGGAGCAGACGAGUGGCGAGUACUUCGAGAACUGCGCGCCCGCCGCACCCUGCUACCGCAGUGCGCACUUGGCUGACCACCGACUGGCCGACGAGGUGCUCCGCUCGUCGCUCGAGCUGCUAAACUGGCGAGGAGGGCGCCCACUGUAGCUCGUAUUUGCUGUCGUCGGUUGUUUGCGCGAUUGCCCCCUCCCCCCCCCCCCCUUUUUUUUUUUCUCGCAUCAUUUCGUCCGCACACUAAAGUCACCAUUAUUUAUAACGUGUACCUGAGCAACGGUACAAAC